GUCUGCAUGUUUGAGCACUGCUAAACCUAAGCAAUCUUUAAACUAGAGAUCUAAGUGCUACUUGAGGUUUUGGCCUGUAAAGAACUGAAUUGAUCACAAUUUAAAGUUUUUUUUUUGGAAGGCAUUUUUUUUAUUUUGUUUCAGGUGGGAUAUUUUUAUAUUUAGGCCAAAAGCUUUUGCUAUAUCUGAUCUUUUAAGAUGGAUUCAGACACCGGUUCCACCUGCAGUCGCUCCUCAACCCCGGAUCUUCCCAUGGACUCAGCUGUUGGUGGCUUCUUUUCCGAAAAGAUGUUCCAGGCCUACUGUGGAGAUGAAGCUGGGCCCAUUCGGCCAGGACGUCCCAGAGCAGAAGGACCUCAGGCUGCCUCAAGCAAGAAUCGGAACCGCGGUGAGCUCUCCAAGGAGAACCUGCAGGAACUGAGACUCAAGGUGAACAGCCGCGAGCGCAAGCGCAUGCAUGACUUAAACCAAGCCAUGGAUGGCCUCAGAGAGGUGAUGCCCUAUGCCCAGGGCCCUUCUGUGCGCAAGCUGUCCAAGAUCUCCACCCUCCUCUUGGCCCGCAACUACAUCCUCAUGCUGUCCAGCUCACUGGAGGAGAUGAAGAAACUGGUGGGAGAUGUGUAUGGGGCAUCCCAGAGUCAUCCAGCCAGGCCAGUGGUACCCCAGCUCCCCCAGAUGCCCUUGCACCCACUGGCGCAGUCCCUACACUCUCUGGUGGGCAACGGAACAGCAGGUGGACCAUCAGCAACUCAGGCCCCCCAUUCCCCUCCAUCUGCAGGAUACCUAGGUUUCCAUGCACCUCCGCCACUGCCUAGUCUGCUGAAGGACCCACUACAUUUGACAAGUUCUUACCGCCACUUUCCCGGCAUGCCUUGCCCUUGUGCACUCUGCCAGCCCCUGCCAGCAACCACAGCAGCCAGCCUACAUAGCCUGUCCAUGGGCAAGUGAGCCACGAUUGGGCAGGGACAAGCAGAUGAGGCCCAAAUCUAAUAGACUUUUAGAGAAAAUGGACAAAAACUCUUGAAAAUGGUGUGCAUCAGGGGUACCCUUUAGGUCCAGCACAGUUUAGUGAUUUCCCUGCUCAUCCCUACUAAAGCUGGUAAUUGAGUGCUUUUCGAGAAGGAAAAUGACCAAACUGUGCUGAAUUAUGGACCUCUAGGGCCAGAUGCUUGUCACUCUUGUAUAUAAUGUUCUGUUAAACAUGCUAUUUUUAUGUUGAAGCAUUCCUGACAUGAACCAUGAAGUCUUUUGCAUUGUCACAGAAUGUGCACUGAUUGCUAAUCAGUUCCU